AUGUCAAAUGUUGAUAUAGCACAAUAUUUGAGAAUCAAUGAGUCAACUGUGCGAUUCUGGCUUGAAAGAUAUGAAGUAACCGGUGAUGUGAAUGUUGAACAAAAAACUGGUCGAAAACGUACUACAACGGAAAAACAAGAUGCUGAAAUUCAAUCGGUUGUAGCUAAAUAUCCAACAGAGUCUGUAGGUCAAAUUGCAUUUAGAUUAUCAAAGAAAGGUAUAAAUGUUAGUGAGACAACAUUAAGAAGAAGAUUCAAAGAAGCUGAUGUGCAAUCGGUCAAACCAACUUUCAAGCUAUUGUUAACAAGAGACCAUAUGAAGAAAAGGUUCCCAUGGGCUCUACAACAUCAAGAUGUCGACUGGGAUCAAGUUGUUUUUACAGAUGAAAGUUCAUUUCAUAUGAAGCAGGUGAUAAGACGUGUAUGGAAAAAGCGUGGUGAAAAAUUUUAUGUGACAACGGUGAAGCAUCCUGUCAAAGUUCAUGUUUGA